GGGAGGGGAGGAGGGGAAAGAAAAGCAGAAGUUUCAUACGGAGGUGCCAGAGCGCUGGGUAGUUUCAUAGCCGGCUUCUUACUCCUGGAAAGUUUUGACUGAGCACACAAAUUUGAGCCAUGGAUGAUAGAGACUUGCCAUCUGACAGUGAUUCCAGUGAUGAGGAUUUUGUUCCCGGAGGUGCUGACAGUGACCUUCCCUCUGAGGACGACUCUGGCCCUGAUGAUGCUGAGUUGGAGGCUGGGGGUAGUGGGGAUGAUGAAUCGAAAGCCAAGGGACGAAAGAGGACUACCAAGGGAAAACCUGGAAAUAAGAGGAAACGAUCAAAGAAGAAUAGCGUGCAAGAGGUUGUAGAUGAAAUUAAAACAGAGGAAGAAAAAGAAUUAGCCAUUGAGAAAGAAAAAUUAACUGAAGAAGAGGAGAAGAAAAAAGCUGAUUCUUUAUGGGCUGACUUUAUGAAGGAUGUCGGUCCAAUCAAGAGGCCAACUCCAGCCUCCUCCAAAGCUGGAAACUCCUCCUCUUCACCUGCAGUAAAAACAGCACUGCCCAAAACAGUUUCAACUGAGAAGGAGAACAAAGUAGAAAACAAAGUAAAAAUUACUCAGAUAUUUGAAUUUGCCGGGGAGAAAGUGGAGGUCACAAAGGAGGUGGCGGCUGAUUCAACAGAGGCUAGACUGUCAUUGCCAAUCGCAGGUGGUCCAAGUCGGGGUACAGCACCAAGAGGUAGAGGUGGGGGUCUUUCUGCUGUUCUCAGUCAAAUUGGCAAGAAGUCAAAGAUAAGCACCCUAGAAAAGUCCAAACUAGAUUGGGAAAGGUUUAAAAGAGAUGAGGGCUUACAAGAGGAAAUCCAGACUCAUAAUCGAGGCAAAGAUGGAUAUUUGGAGAAACAAGAUUUUUUGCAGCGAGCUGACCUUCGUCAAUUUGAAAUUGAGAAGCAACUGAGAAGCAACAAUAGACGGAGUAAUAGAUAAGUCAAAUUGCUGAUUUUCGAUUUCAAAAAUCACUCUUAUCCCAGACAAAUUAU